UCAGAGCGGCGUUGUCGUGGUGUUCAUCGUUGUGGUUAUCGUCUUCCAUGGCGACAAAUUCUCAAUAUCAAGUGCAUCGCCAUCGCACCCUCGACUACUCACAGACGACAGUAUCUCCCAGUGCCCAACGAUCACCCCCAAGAUAUUUCUCUCCCCCACUCGCGUUGCCCAAUUCCGUUCCGAAACGGGCCCAACUCGCUGACGCCGCAGCGCCUUUGUUGAUGGUCUUUUGAGGAUCUGAGGGCGAGUGUGAAGCUGGUGCCGCCAUGGAGGCCGUUGUAGCCGGAGUAGGGCAGGUGCAGUGGGCACUGGCAGGACAUUUGAGUGCCGAGAAGGGCUUGAGAACGGGCGCGAGUGUGAGGUGCGGGUAUGGAGGAGUAGCGUGGGGGAGUCGACCUGCUGUGCGGUGUGCCAGUGAGAGAAGGAGGGAGGAGGCUUUGCGAGUCCGAGCUGUGAGUGCGGAUGGAGGUGGUGGUGAAGGUAACGGGGAAAGGUUUGGACGUGGUGGUGGCGGUGGAGACAAUGGCGGCAAUGGCGGUGACUAUGGUGGCGGUGGUCGUGAUGGGAGCUCUGGUGGGGAUGAUGCCGGUGGGCGCGCUCCUGAAUCUUCUUCUGGCAUCUUGGCGUGGUACAUGGAUCGAACGCAAAAAAACCCAGUCACUACUAAGGCCAUUACAGCUGCUAUCCUCAAUCUUUUAGGAGAUAUCUUUUGUCAGUUAGUGAUCGACAAGUCCGACAAAGUCGAUGUCAAGCGAACAGCAGUGAUCACUUUUCUUGGUUUUAUUCUCGUGGGUCCUACAUUGCACACCUGGUAUUUGGCUUUGAGCAAGGUGGUGACAGCGACGGGAUUAACAGGUGCUGGUGUUCGACUUCUGCUUGAUCAGUUUUUGUUUUCGCCUGCUUUUGUGGCUGCAUUUUUCGCUGCAUUGUUGACACUUGAGGGGCGCCCGAAGGACGUCAUCCCGAAGCUUAAGCAGGAGUGGAAACCUACUGUUGUUGCUAAUUGGAAGCUUUGGAUACCCUUCCAGUUCGUCAACUUCCUUCUUGUACCUCAAAAUCUUCAGGUGGCUUUUGCUAAUGUGGUUGCCUUAGCGUGGAAUGUAUAUCUAUCUUUUGCUAGUCAUAAAGAGGUGGCUAUAGCCAUCCCAACGGCAACUGUAGAUCUUGAGAUGUCUCCCUUUGAUGAGGAAACGAAAGAGUAGUCUAUCACGAAAAUUCCAACCUGAAACCAUGGAACUUAAAGAUGAUAUACGGAGUAUGGUUAAGUGCUCCUCCUUGUGUUUGGGGUAUGUAAUGUACACACUAGUUGCACGUUCAGGGUGAGAUAGGAUAACAUUCGAUCAUACCAAAGUGAGGUUUGAUGCAGUUCAACGUGCUUCAAAGUUGUCCAGUCGAAGAUGGCGGAACUUUUAAUAGGGCUGCUCCAAAUUUUCACGCUUUGAAUAUUGUUUUGAAUAUAUUUUUGAUUUUUACGAUGA